AUGGAUUCUUACAGUUACGACCUAAUUGAAAGGGGGAAAGGCGAAAUUAUUGGGAUCAGCUUUCUAGCUCAUUCCCGCUGUUUGAAAAUGUUGAUUUUUUGAAAACCUAAUUUCAAUUUAUCUUCCUUCCUUUGUUUUCAUUCUCUCACUCCGAUAAUCUUCAACGCCUGAAUUUCAAGCUGGCGGGGAGAGAAUUACGAUCGCGAUCUUCCACCACGUUGCAGCUGUUCGUCCCUCGCCCGUCGCCCUGCUUACAGCAGUCGAUCUUGUCUUAGUCGAUCGAUUUUUUUUUAUCUCCACGCUCAUGGCGAUAAUUUACGCGUUGGUGGCGAGGGGAUCGGUGAUUCUGGCCGAGUUUUCUGCAACUCUGACGAAUGGAAGCUCCAUUGCUCGCCAAAUUCUCGAUAAAAUUCCGGGGAACGAUGAUUCUAACGUUUCCUACUCGCAGGAUCGGUAUAUAUUUCAUGUCAAGCGAACCGAUGGCCUUACGGUGCUCUGUAUCGCCGAUGACACUGCCGGAAGGAGGAUUCCUUUUGCAUUCCUUGAAGAUAUUCAUCAAAGAUUUGUAAGGACAUAUGGCCGUGCGGUUCAUUCAGCCAAUGCUUAUGGCAUGAACGAUGAAUUCUCAAGGGUUUUGAGUCAGCAAAUGGAAUACUAUUCCAAUGACCCAAAUGCAGAUAGGAUCAACCGACUGAAAGGUGAAAUGAGUCAGGUGCGAAAUGUCAUGAUAGAGAAUAUUGACAAAGUUUUAGAGAGAGGAGACCGCUUGGAGCUUCUUGUGGAUAAAACUGCUAAUAUGCAAGGAAACACCAUGCGAUUCAGAAAGCAGGCUCGACGUUUCAGAAACGCGGUCUGGUGGAAAAAUGUUAAGCUCUGGGUAAUGCUGAUAAUCCUCCUCCUAGUAAUUGUUUACAUGGUGCUGGCUUUUGUUUGUCAUGGGAUGACAUUACCUACAUGCCUAUAAUGAGAACGAUAAUUUAGUGCAAUUCAACUCGGUUUUGGGUUGCCCCCUUCUGGUUUGCAUUGAUUUACCACUGGUGUAUGUUGCUCGUACACUAAUUUAUGCGAUUCGAUAAACUCAGUUUGUCGUGUGCUCUCCUGCAUUCUUUGUAAUUGGGUGCUGAUGGUUGGUUUGUACAAGGCCAUGGCUUUGAUUGGACAUUGUAAGUAAAUUCUAAAGACGAAUCUCUUAUCUUUGGGUACAGCGUGAAGCUCUGUUUUCCACAGCGAAAUUGAGAUUUGGCAGGCCUCUUAUUAUA